AUGAACUGGGCAGUGAGGGAGACGGGCGUUCCAGGGCAGGGCCAGGGCAGGAAAGAGACGACAGUGGUGGCGGGGUGGCCGUCUAGAGGGUCUGGACCAGGGCAAGGAGGGAGGGCUCAUCCAGACGGCACCAGUCAUGGGCCACUGUGUCCCGGAUGGUGGCUGGGUGGGCAAGGCCCUGAGCUGGAGGGGGAGAAGGCGGGUGGGGGGGUGGGUCCCGACAAGUCUCCCAGAGACCACCCCCCCAGCCCGCCUGACACUGUAAGCUGCUCCCCUUGGGGUAUUUUCCUCCUUGGUGCCUGGGGUUCCCCACCCCAGUUCCAGAAUCCUGGAGAGGGUGCCGAUUAA